AUGGGGUGCGCUUCCUCGACCCGAAAGGCGCUGGCGGAUUCGGGGCUGCGGCGUGGCUUGAUAGCUGGGGGGAAGGAACGUGCACCGGUGGAUGCCGCGUCCGACACUUCGCCCCAAGCCUCAAAGGGCAAGACAAUUGAUACCUACGAUGCCCUUGCUGUUGCUGCUGCACACCGCAACACCACGCCCUUUGCGGACUAUCGUGGAGUGGAGGUGUACAUGGCAGGCGCGACGCCCGCCAAGAUGAACGCAGUCUGCCGGUGGCUUGACUCGAUACUGGAGGUCCGUGAGCGUAAUGGCGGAUGCUUUAUUGACCAGAAAAGUGAGGCCUCCUCCGUGGGGCGCGGGGAUAACUUGAUAGAUGUCGAUGACGCCUCUGUUACAGUGGUUCCGGAAGGCGACCGCUCAUUGCCCAACCGGCUUAAUGUAAGUAUGCAUGCUUCAGGGGCCUCCUGCAACGCCCGUCGGGUGGAAAAAUUACAGAGCAAAUUAAGACCCUCUGAAUUCCCACAGGCGUCGCCAAGGCGUACGACCAACCUGUGCAACGAAGAAAAAAUGCCGGCUGUAGAAAGGUUUACCACACCAGACAAUUCCUUGACGAUAUCGAUUCUCUCGCCUCUGGAAAGGUCGAAACCCACACUAGACGUUGGGGUUAGCUGA